AUGCGCCACAAGACCGGAAUAUUGCCGGAUCAGAUUGUGAGCGAGUCGCCGGAUCUUGACCGCAAAUGCCAGUGCUCUGGUAACUCCUUGCCGAUGAUCGAUGAAGAUGACAACAACGAGGAUAGCUGGGAUUGUCAGACGCCAAAGUCACGCGUGCCCUGGGUCAGGCGCGGGACCACCCGACCGCGUCCCAAGGUUCUCACUUCUGCCCGACUUCGGUUUCAUGUUUUCACCCUUGGGAGUAUAAGGGACAAAGCCCAAUUCCAAGCUGAGUGUUGA